CCCCACCCAACAAGGAGCCCAUUGCAGGACUCAGUCUCAGGAUCCUGGGAUCAUGACCAGAGCUGAAGGCAGACUCAGCCACCCAGGCGCCCCUAAUGCAGCUCUUUUGGCACACUGUAUGUGGUUCUCAUUUUUUUCCUGUUCAAUCGUUAGUUUUAACUAGUUUGUGAGUUCUUUCUCCAAAACAGAGGCCCCCGGGGGUGAGAUGUAGCUUGUCUUUCUUUGCAUUCCAAGUGCGUAGCCCAAUGCAUGAUACGUAGUUAUACUGUCAAUAAGUGACAAUUAACACGUACAUAUGUACUUCAAAGUUUUCAUAGAGCUUUCGCAGGAUCUCAUUUUCUCCCUGCUACAAUCUUAUAAAAUAGCAGUUACUGCCACCCUAUCAUUUCCUGCUUGUAGAGUGGUGAGACUCAGACGUUAAUUAUCUUGCCCCGCACCAGUCUGUAGCAAAACGUGACCAGAAUUGGUCUUGACUCCAAAUUCCCCGCUCUGGACACCACAACAGGUUGAAACCAGCGCCCACUUGGCACCACGACUUAAACUGGGAGAGGCCACGCGGGCCGCACUUCCGGAGCUCGGGCUUGGAGAUGUGUCCAGCCUCCGCAGGACUUACAGUUUUGGGCUCCCGCAACACUGGCUGCGUGGGACCUUGGACUACAUCUCCCAGAGAGCCCUGGGGCAAACCCUCCGGUAAUUGGUUAAAAUGGGAUCCGCCAAUGCCCGCGACGUGCUCGUACAGACCAAUCAUAGGCCGGAAGGGGCAGGACCUCCCACGCAGAGGCUAGAUUGAGCGGAGAAACUAACGUUGUAAGGUGUCCCAAAGCACUAGGGGCUGCGAUCCUCGGUUCUGCGCCCCGGGCGCCACGUCGUCUUCCUCUUCGGGUCCAGUCUGCGCCUUUCCCGCGACCCGACUUCGGGUCGCGCGUGUGUGGCCGCCAGCCCCGCGCCGAGGACCGGCCGGGUGACCGGGAAGAAAGCACGUGCUCGAGCAUUGUAGCGGCCGAGGGCGCGCCUGUCAUCCCCACGCCGCGCCCAGGUCCAGCGGGAGGUCCCCCGCGCGGCGUACGGUGUGCGGAAGGCCCCGGGCGCCGCGGGCUCCGGAGCAGCUACCUGGGCCGCGGAGGCCGGGGCUGGCUGGCGUCACUCUUGGCCCUGUCCUCCUGUGCAGAGUGCGACUUCCCGGCUUCGCCCCUGGCCUGCGGAGGAGGAGACUCGGCGGCAUGUCACCCGCGCUGCCAGAGCUGACGCCUUCCGCAGGUGUGAAGAAAAGCCUGCAGGAUGAGAUUGAAACCAUUCUGCGGGAGAGGAUCAUGGUGCUGGAUGGAGGGAUGGGGACCAUGAUCCAGCGGCAUAAGCUAAGUGAAGAAGACUUCCGAGGUCACGAAUUUCAAGAUCACGCCAGGCCGCUGAAAGGCAACAAUGACAUUUUAAGUAUAACUCAACCCAAUGUCAUUUACCAAAUCCAUAAGGAUUACUUGCUGGCUGGGGCAGAUAUCAUCGAAACAAAUACUUUCAGCAGCACUCACAUUGCCCAAGCCGACUAUGGCCUUGAACACUUGGCCUACCAGAUGAACAAGUGCUCUGCGGGGGUGGCCAGAAAGGCAGCCGAGGAUGUGUCUCUCCAGACAGGAAUUAAGAGGUUUGUGGCAGGAGCUCUGGGUCCAACUAAUAAGACACUAUCUGUGUCCCCGUCUGUGGAGAGACCAGAUUACAGGAACAUUACAUUUGAUGAGCUCGUUGAAGCAUACAAAGAGCAGGCCAAAGGGCUUCUGGAUGGUGGGGUUGAUAUCUUACUCAUUGAAACUAUUUUUGAUACUGCUAAUGCCAAGGCAGCCUUGUUCGCACUCCAAACACUUUUUGAAGAGGAGUAUCCCCCCCGGCCUAUCUUCAUUUCAGGGACAAUUAUUGAUAAAAGUGGGAGAACUCUUUCUGGACAGACAGGAGAGGCAUUUGUCAUCAGUGUGUCUCACGCAGACCCCCUCUGCAUUGGAUUAAACUGUGCUCUGGGUGCAGCUGAAAUGAGACCUUUUAUUGAAACAAUUGGAAAAUGUACAACAGCCUAUGUCCUCUGUUAUCCCAAUGCAGGUCUUCCCAACACGUUUGGUGACUACGACGAAACUCCGCAUAUGAUGGCCACGCAACUGAAGGCCUUUGCUGUGGAUGGCUUGGUCAAUAUAGUGGGUGGUUGCUGUGGUACGACACCAGAUCAUAUCAGGGAGAUUGCUAAAGCUGUGAAAAACUGUAAGCCUAGAGUUCCACCUGCCACUGUUUUUGAAGAGCAUAUGUUACUAUCUGGUCUAGAGCCCUUCAGGAUCGGACCGUACACCAACUUUGUUAACAUUGGAGAGCGCUGUAACGUGGCAGGAUCCAGGAAGUUUGCUAAACUCAUCAUGGCAGGAAACUAUGAAGAAGCACUGAGUGUUGCCAAAGUGCAGGUGGAAAUGGGAGCGCAGGUGUUGGAUAUCAACAUGGAUGAUGGCAUGCUGGAUGGUUCGAGUGCAAUGACCAGAUUUUGCAGCUUCAUUGCUUCCGAGCCCGACAUCGCCAAGGUGCCCUUGUGCAUCGACUCUUCCAAUUUUGCCGUGAUUGAAGCCGGCUUGAAGUGCUGCCAGGGCAAGUGCAUUGUCAACAGCAUCAGCCUGAAGGAGGGAGAGGAUGACUUCUUGGCGAAGGCUAGAAAGAUUAAGAAGUUUGGAGCUGCUGUGGUGGUCAUGGCUUUUGACGAAGAAGGGCAGGCGACAGAAACAGACACCAAAACCAGAGUGUGCAUGCGGGCCUACCAUCUACUUGUGAAAAAACUGGGCUUUAAUCCAAAUGACAUCAUCUUUGACCCUAACAUCCUCACCAUUGGUACCGGGUUGGAAGAGCACAACUUGUAUGCUGUUAAUUUUAUCCAGGCAACAAAAAUCAUUAAAGAAACCCUACCUGGAGCCCGAGUGAGUGGAGGUCUUUCCAACUUGUCCUUCUCUUUCCGUGGAAUGGAAGCCAUUCGAGAAGCAAUGCAUGGGGUUUUCCUUUACCACGCAAUCAAGUUUGGUAUGGACAUGGGGAUAGUGAAUGCGGGAAGCCUCCCGGUAUAUGAUGAUAUCCACAAGGAGCUUCUCCAGCUCUGUGAAGAUCUCAUCUGGAAUAAAGACCCUGAAGCCACUGAGAAGCUCCUGCGCUAUGCUCAGACUCAUGGCAAAGGAGGGAAGAAAGUCAUCCAGACUGAUGAGUGGAGGAAUGGCCCCAUCGAAGAACGCCUGGAGUAUGCCCUCGUGAAGGGUAUUGAAAAAUAUAUUAUUGAGGACACUGAGGAAGCCAGGUUAAACCAGGAAAAAUAUCCCCGGCCUCUGAAUAUAAUCGAAGGGCCUCUGAUGAACGGCAUGAAAGUUGUCGGUGACCUUUUUGGAGCUGGAAAAAUGUUUCUACCUCAGGUUAUAAAGUCAGCUCGAGUCAUGAAGAAGGCUGUUGGCCACCUUAUUCCCUUCAUGGAAAAAGAAAGAGAAGAAAAUAAAAUGCAUGCUGGCAUAGAAGAAGAAGAGGAUCCUUACCAGGGCACCAUUGUGUUGGCUACUGUGAAGGGCGACGUGCACGACAUAGGCAAGAACAUAGUUGGCGUGGUCCUUGGCUGCAAUAAUUUCAGAGUUAUUGAUUUAGGAGUCAUGACUCCCUGCGACAAGAUCCUGAAAGCUGCUCUUGACCACAAAGCAGAUAUAAUUGGCCUAUCAGGACUCAUCACUCCUUCCCUGGAUGAAAUGAUUUUUGUUGCCAAAGAAAUGGAGAGAUUGGCUAUAAAGAUUCCACUGUUGAUUGGGGGAGCAACCACUUCGAGAACCCACACAGCGGUUAAAAUAGCUCCAAGGUACAGUGCGCCUGUAAUCCACGUCCUGGAUGCAUCCAAGAGUGUGGUGGUGUGCUCGCAACUAUUAGAUGAGAAUCUAAAGGAUGAAUAUUUUGAGGAGAUCAUGGAAGAAUAUGAAGAUAUUAGACAGGACCAUUACGAGUCUCUCAAGGAGAGAAGAUACUUAACCUUAAGUCAAGCUAGAAAAAACGGUUUCCGUAUUGACUGGCUGUCGGAGCCCCCUCCAGUGAAGCCCACGUUUCUUGGGACUCGGGUCUUCGAAGACUAUGACCUGCGGAAGCUGGUGGCCUACAUUGACUGGAAGCCCUUCUUCGAUGUCUGGCAGCUCCGGGGCAAGUACCCGAAUCGAAGCUUUCCCAAGAUAUUUAAGGACAAAACUGUAGGUGAAGAGGCCAAAAAGGUCUAUGACGAUGCCCAGGGCAUGCUGGAAGUGCUGAUCAGUGAGAAGAAGCUCCAAGCCAGGGGCGUGGUGGGGUUCUGGCCGGCGCAGAGCGUGGACGACGACAUCCACCUGUACGCGGAGGACGCUGCGCCACCGGCCGCGGAGCCCAUAGCCACCUUCCACGGGCUAAGGCAGCAGGCCGAGAAGGACCCUGCCAGCGCGGACCCAUACCAGUGCCUCUCGGACUUCAUUGCUCCGCUGCAUUCCGGCGUCCGCGACUACCUGGGUCUGUUUGCCGUCGCCUGCUUCGGGGUGGAGGAGCUGAGCAAGGCCUAUGAGCAGGAGUGUGACGACUAUAGCAGCAUCAUGGUCAAGGCUCUGGGAGACCGGCUGGCUGAGGCCUUUGCGGAGGAGCUCCACGAGCGGGUCCGCAGGGAGCUGUGGGCCUACUGCAGGCACGAAGAGCUGGACGUCGCCGACCUGCGGCGGCUGCGCUACGAGGGCAUCCGGCCGGCGCCCGGCUACCCCAGCCAGCCCGACCACAGCGAGAAGCUCACCAUGUGGAAGCUCGCCGACGUGGAGCGGUGCACGGGCAUUAGGUUAACGGAAUCCCUAGCAAUGGCACCUGCUUCAGCAGUAUCCGGCCUUUACUUCUCCAAUUUGAAGUCCAAAUACUUUGCAGUGGGGAAAAUUUCCAAGGAUCAGAUUGAGGAUUAUGCUCUGCGGAAGAACAUGUCUGUGGCUGAGGUUGAGAAAUGGCUGGGACCCAUUUUGGGAUACGACACAGAGUAACUUGUUUAUUUAUUUAUUUUUAAAAUCCUUUUCUCUGCUUGAGGAUCCUCAAGGAAAUAGAGUCCAGAGUGCCUUUAAAAUGAACAGCAGUAGUAGCAGCGUAUAAGCCCGGCCGCCUCACUCUGCUCCAGGCUUUGGAAGACUGUUUGGUGGAACCUUGUAGAGGAGCAGGGCCUUCCUGUGUCCUUGGGAAGCAAGCGGCUCCUUUCCGGGGGACCUUGAACGAAGAGCAGCAAGCACAGCGCUGGUGGUUUUCCUGGUCCGCACAGACAGGACAAGCUGGAGUUAGAGGUCUUCUGCAUUUCAUAGCAAGUCAACUUGCUUUUUUUUUUUUCCCCCAUUUUUACCUUGCGUCUAGGAGGCCACUUACUAUUAUUUUUUUUUUUCUCUUGCUCUCUUAGAAAAAGGCCUGAGACUUAGCUGAGUAGAGAAAUGUAUAGAAAAACGUGACCCUGUGGCAAAAUCACCCUGUGCGAAAUGGGGCAUUUUAAUCUAAAACGGUUGCAACAGCACUCUGACAGGGAAGAAAGUACAACUCUGCUCUCCCUCUGGAAGACCUCAUUUUCAUUUUCUGAAGUCCCGGUUACAUGCGUGCGGAAGUCCCUUUGGCAGAAGGCCUGCUCUCACCGCUGACUGCUCAGAGAUGCUCAGGCUGUUUGCCCUAGGGUGGUCAGACACAGGGGUGUUCUUCUAGCAUUUCUGUCCUCUUCUAGUUUCAUAUUCUCUGCCCUGAGGGCGAAGAAGGAGGUGGGGCGAGGAAGUGGCUGCUCAGGGUAGUUAGCAUCUUGUCACUGUUUUCUGGAGCUGAGUAGGCUCUCGGCUGAGCCGCUGUGUCCUGUGCAGAGUUGGACAGACGAGCAGUGAGAUUGCACUCAAUUCCCCCAUUUCUGUGCCGACCCGACUGCAGACUCCUGCAGUGUAGGACAGCACACUGAUGUGUUCUCAGUUAUUUUGGGGGAAAUGGCUAAGAACAUGGACUUUGACGUCAGACAUACCUGGAUUCACAUUUCACCUUUGCCACUCGCUGUGCAAUGCGGGCAAAUUGCUUCCACUCUCCAACACUAUCUUCUCAUCUGUACAAUGGGGACACCAGUUCCUCUGUCAUGGGCCUGAGGGGCCGAUAAAUGAGGUGAUGCACAUAGGGCAUGUAGCAGGGGAUCUGACACACAGUAGCUUCUGUAGAGCUCAAUGGGUAGCGCCUCCAGCUCAGCACACGGUUAGUCUUCCUGGGAAGGGAAUAGAUUAACGGAAGCGAAAAGGAUACCAGGGGAUCGCAGUUGAUAAAGACUGGACUGCCUGCAUGAGGUGCCCUUUCUGGGAUUAGAGCCCCAUUUACACUGUGACUGGGACAGGGAAGCUGCCUUCGUGUCCCAUGAACCGUUAGGACUCAUGUUCUGUGUGACAGCCCUCUCCCUCGGCUCUCGUGAUUUAAGCCUUGGUUCCCAAAGCAGUUCUAGCAAAUGUACAUUCAAGUGCAUCGGAGGUGAAAGGAAAAAAUCUUCGGAGAAGGAGAACCCUCCACAUCUGCAGUGUAUCCAUGUGGACUUACAGAGGAACGGACCUUUCAGCCACCACUUGCCCUUGAAGCAUACACAGCUGUGUGCUUCUUGAGGUACAGUCGGUCUGUGCGUGAGUGAGAACGGGACUCAGUUUCCCGAGGCACUUAGUCGGGAGACUUAUCUUCUGUUCUGUAACAGGUGUGUUAUUCUUGGUACCUUCUUCUGUGAGAAAGGGUAACCUCCUCCGAAUAUUUGACUGUGUUUCGUCAGAAUUAGAGUUGCUAAGAGUCUCCUGAUUUCAUUAGGUAUUUACCAUCUCUUCCCUCAGCUGGUUAUGUGACAGAAUGGCUUCCUUAAAUGUACUGUUCAUCUCAUCCCAUGAGGGAUGCCUUUUUUUCCAAAGACAGAAACAAGUUUGUGCAAGUUCGAGCCCCUGUAUAUUCAUGAAAGAAUAUAAAAUGCAAGUUGAAGCCCCCUCCCUUGUUUAGGUCACACACUUGGAAGGCAGGUAGGUGGCCGUCCUGAAUGCAGUGUCAGUGCCUGUCCAUGCAGAACCUCUGCUGGUUGUCUCCGUCUGUGGCUGUCAUUCGAACCCACUCAUAGUCAUCAUUUUCACUGAAGAUCCCACAGUAUUUUUCCCUGUAAAGAGGCGCUUGUUUGGCAUCUUCCUCUCUCUGCCGCUUGCUCUGCUGUCCACACUGAGGAGUCUGGUUGGUGGGAUGGUGGGGAGAUCGGGUGUAUGACAACCCGUUUCUCCUCUGAGAGAUUCUCCUAUGUCCUCGCUGCGCUCACAGCUGAACUCGCGUAAGAAUAGUCCGCCUUCUUUCUGUUUCUCUCCGACAUGCCCUCAGCAGAUACUGACUGACUGCUGUGUGCCCCCCACCUGCUCCCCCUUUCUCUCUUGAACCCAGUGAAGUUAGGUUUUUACCUGCCUCUUCUGGCAUCAGUGACCUCUCAGAGGUUAGACCCAGUGGCCUUUGCGGAGAUUUGUCAUCUGCGUGGGCCUGGACAACGCAGACCCACUUCUUCAAAACUCUCCUUUCCCUGCUUCCCCCUUGGCAUCACUCUCUGCUUACCCUUCUGUGUUUCUGAUCAUUUCUCAGCCGUUUUCAUAGUUUUUUUUUUCUUCCUCUGCCCAUUUAAAUCCUGGUGCCUCAAGGGCCUGGCAUUAGUGGCCUCUUUGGCAUGUGUAGUUCCAGUGGGUGAUCUCACGGAGUCAGCAUCCCCAUCUAAGCUCUGUCCUGAAGAGCACAGCGUACAGCCAGCAGCCUCUUCCAGGCAGGCAGACAGACAGACACCUCCAUGUGUCUCGUCUCAUCCCUCUCCAACCGUGAAAUUCAGUCAUGAAGAAUGGUGCCACCACUCCAACAUGAAACCUCACACUCAGCCUGUAUCAUCUUUGGCUUAGACUAUUGCAGGCAUCUGACAAAGUCAGCACAUGAAAGACACACUUAGCCUACUUUAGUCAGGAUGGCGGUAGGGAUAUUUUGGGAGGGCAAUGCUUAGGUGAAGGCCUGAUUUGGGAUGUGAGGGAUGAAGAUGAAGAAACAAGGCAGGAACAAGCUGUCUUUGUUCAUGAACAGGAGUAUGAAGGGUUGUAAAGGUAUCACAUCUUCCCAAAUUGAUCUAUAGGUUCAGUGCCAUUUCCAGCAGAAAUUAUAGUAGAGUCUGGGUUCAAUAUGACAAGCAGAUAUUUAAAUUUAUAUGGAAAAGCAAAGGACUAAGAAUGGCUGAGUGCUUCCAAAUGUGAAGAAGAGGUUACGAGGUAGUAGGUUUUGUUGUACGUGGUGCAGAGGUGGGCAUUCCGAGCAGUGCCGUGAAAUGAGGAGCCUGCAGGAUAACCCGUGAGUGUGUUGACCUUCACAACAUGGUGGAGGUGGCUUGGCGCAUCCGGGAGGACAGGCAGGGUGACUCCACACGGGGUGCUGCAACAAUGCUUAUCUGAAGGGAAAAGGUGAAAUUUGGUUUCUGCCUCACGUGUUAUCCAACCAUCAAUUCCAAAUAUAUUGAGGUCUUAAAUACAAAAAAUAUAUAUUUCAGUGUUUGCGUGGAUAAGCCUAAGGGCAGGAAAGAAUCCCUCGAGACAUAAAGGACUAACCACAAAAAGAAAAGAUGAUUAAAUCAACUGUUUUUUUUUUUAAAGAUUGAUGUUAAGCUAAUAAUUUAAAGUAGUGAAAAGACAAACCCUGACUUGAGAUAUUUGUACUACACUUGACUGACAAAGGAUUAGUAAGCAGAAUAGAUAGAGGGUUCCUAUUUAAGAAAAAGAGAAACUUGGCAGAAUUAGUCUGGAAAGGCAUUUCCCAGAAGAGGAAAUACACAUGGCUUAUAAAACAGGUGUUCCACAGCCUCGGAGAUCAGAAGUAUGAAUAAAGACGACAACGAGAUCCCAUUUUACAUCCAUAUUUUGCAGAAGUUAAGGAGCCUGAUGAUACGGGGUGCCGAAGAAGCUCUGUGAGAACUCUCAGGGUGCAGGCACAUGACCAGGCACCUCUGCUUCAGAAAACCAUGCUACCUCCCAAAGCUGAACUCUUGCACGCGUUAGGAUCUGGCUUACGACUCAGACUCCCCCUCGGGUAUCCAACGAACUUGCACACAUGUGCCCAGGGGUGUGGGCAAGAACACUUGGAACACAAGAACACAUGUGGUUCAUAGCAACGUCUUCAUGAUAGUCAAGAACCGAAACACCCGAAAUGUCCCAUCUGUCUAUAGGGGAAUGGGUAAAUAAGUUAGGUAUAUUCAUACUAAGCGGUUAUUAUUCAGUAGUGGAAAUGAAUGAACUGCAGCUAUAUGGGACAAUAAGAAUGAAUCUCAGGAAAUAAGAACAAAAGCAGACCCCAGGAGAUCAUGGGCUGUGAUGCUAUUUUUAUGGAGCUCAAAAACAAGCAAAACCAAAGAAUAUAUUGUCUAACCGCACAAUUAGAAAUUUUUUACAACUAUGUUGUAAAAAAAAGAAGAAGUAACACUGAUAAACCAAAAUUGAGCAGAGGAAUUAACCCUGAGAGGGGGAACCUAAGCGGAUCACAGAGGGACACCUAGGUGGAUGCAGGUCAUUAGUAAUACUCUAGUUCUCGGGUUGUAUGAUAGGUUUAUGGCUGUUUGUUAUAUUAUUCUUUAGUAACAGAGUUUUAUAUGUAUUAAAUGUUGUACUUAAUGCAUGUUUUAAGUCUAUUUUAAAUAAAGACAGAAUA